AUGGCAGAGUCAGCACCUUCCACCAAACCCCUCGCGCCAGUGCUGUAUGCCUUCGAGACUGCCGACCAACUGUCGAGUCGUUUGGCCGACUUUAUCAUCAAAGCGCAAGACGAAGCCGUCUCGUCCAAGAAGGGCGUCUUCCGCCUGGCCAUCUCUGGGGGUAGCUUGCCAAAGACGCUCAACGCAUUGAUUGGUCGACCGGAAGUCAAAUGGGACAAAUGGUCACGUAGGAGGGUCUUCUUUGCGGACGAGAGACUGGUGCCACUCCACUCGGAGGACUCGAAUUUCUACACGUGCAACGAGGAACUGUUCAGCAAGGUACCCGAGCUCAAGAGGGAGUACAUCCACACGAUCGACGAGAAGCUCUUGCGAGAACCGGAAGAACUCUCUGACGAGUACGAGAAACAACUCAUGACUGCCUUUGCGGGCAAAGACUCUGUUGCCUUUCCCCGGUUCGAUCUCGUCUUGCUCGGCAUGGGCCCGGAUGGCCACACUUGCUCGCUCUUUCCCGGUCACGCACUGCUCAACGAAGAACUCAGAUGGGUAGCCUGGUUGGACGACUCACCCAAACCGCCCCCGACACGUAUCACGUUGACUUUCCCCGUCCUGCGACAUGCGCACCGAGUCGCUUUUGUUGCCUCGGGCGCAGGGAAACAGGAAGUACUCGCCCAGGCACUCGAUCACCCUGGCGAGCUACCGUGCAGCAAGAUCAAGCCCGCUCCACCGGGCCAAGUCUUCUGGUUCACCGAUCUCGAAGCGGCCAAACAGGACAAGGCAACAACAUACCCCCUUCCUGCUGCUCGUGUGCCCAACUCGGAAAGGGCGCUGUUACUGUGCACUGUGCCUCGGGACUCGACGGUGUGUGGGCGGCAGGCUAGACUGUGCGAGCGUGCAGCGGCCUCAGGACACAUCCUCGUGCGACCUCAGACCCGCUCAGGAGCAGACGACAGGCCGACGGGGCGCGUGGACAAGAGAACGACGGCAAACAAUCGGAAAGUAGACAAUACCCUCACUUUCUCUCGCGCCCACCAGGCCCAGAGGAUCUCGGCAGGAAGCAAACAUAGCAUGUCUGAGCUCAAACUUCGUCGGUUGACCGAACACAACCAACGUCUACGCGAGGACCUCGAACGACCCCGUGUGAGGGUCUCGGAAGCUUCUGCCUCAUUGAUACAGUACUGCAAAUCUACGCGGGAUCAUCUCUGUCCGUCUAUCUGGGGACCGCUACCGAAGAAUGAAGACCCUUAUGCGCCCGUUGCGCAAGGCGGCUGCUGCACCAUCAUGUGA